UACAGUAGUUGCAAGACGUAAAUAAACAUGGCUGGCAAGAGCAGCAUGGUAAAUAAGAAAAGCAUAAAUUUGCUUGAUUGCAGUGACUCGGAGGAGGAAACAAACCUGAAAAUCAAUGAGAAUUACGCAGAAAAGUAUAAUAAUUGGAGGGGAAAAGAGGAGCUGCAGAAAUUCGUCGAUCGGUAUGGCGAGGAGCCACUGAAAAAUUUUAAUGAAGAUGAUGAAGAAUCUUCUUCGACAGACGAAGAUGAUGAUGCCAGGGAAAUUACUGCCGACGUGGAGAAGCAAUUUUUCAAAACUCUCGCUUGUCUCAAGAAAAAGGACCCGAAAAUCUAUGAUGAGAAAACUACAUUUUUCAAGAUAAAAGAGCCAAGUGAGGAUGAAAGUAAAAAUAAGAAAAAGACGGAUGAAAAGCCAAUGUACUUGAGAGACUAUGAGAGGAAAAUGUUGCUGGAGAAUGGCGGCUUGGUCAGCAGCAGUGAAAAUGAAGAUGAAGACCAGAUAGAGAGGUCCUAUUCGCCGACAUUUGUUCAAGAGCAGAGGGAAAUUAAGCAAAGCUUCAAAAGCGCUCUUGAGGAUGACAGUGACAAAGAAGACGAAACUGGCAUUGGUGGCCUGUUCAAGCCGAAAACAAAGAGCAAUGCAGAAAAGGAAAAAGAAGAGGAAGACUUCCGGCAAUGGUUGAAAGGUCAGAAGGACCAGCUUGAUGACAAAGAGGAGGAGUCUGAAUUGGGUGCUUUGAAAAAUUACUGGAACAAUCCAGAAUUGGACGAGGGAGAGGCAUUCUUGAGGGACUAUAUUCUGAAUAAGAGAUAUUUAGAUUCUGAAGAGCCAGGUAGGAAGUUCUUGAAAAGGUCAGCUCACAAACCAGAAGAAGAAUCAUCUGAUGAAGAAAUGGAGAAUAAGAUGGAACAGUUUGAACACAAGUACAACUUCCGGUUCGAGGAGCCAGAUCAAGAAUUUCUGAAGCGCUACCCAAGGACAAUGACAGGCUCUCUGCGACUUAAAGACGACCACAGGAAGCAGCACAGGGAAGAAGUGAAAGAGAGGAAGGAGAUGGAAAAGGAACAGAAGAGGCAGGAACUGAAGCAGCUCAAAGCAAUCAAGCGGAAGGAGCUGGAAGAGAGGCUAAAUAAACUGAAGGAAGUCACUGGAAACUCAGACAUCCCGUUUGAGGGCAUUGAUUUGGAUGAGGAUUUUGAUCCUGAGAAGCACGACAGAAAUAUGCAAAACAUGUUUAACAAGGAAUUCUAUGAUGCCGAAGAGGAAGAAGAAAAGCCAGAAUUUCCAGACCUGGACAAGGAGCUAGAGCUGGAAAACUGGGACCAGUAUGGUGGCGACGAGGGUGGAGAAGGCAUUUCCACUUAUGAGCCGCAUUGUGAAGAUGCCGACUUCAACAUGGACUGCGAUUUUGAUCCGAGCAAAAACUUCCAGAGGGAAAUGCUCGAGAAUCAAAGCAGCCGUAGGAAGAAAAAGAAGAGGUCCAAGCUGGCUGAGAUACUGGCGCAGAAGAAGCCUGAGUUUGAGCGAGAGAAGCAGGAAGUGGACAAGUACUUGGACGAGUACUAUGGAAUGGACUACGAGGACCUGAUCGGCGACAUGCCCACGCGUUUCAAGUACAGAGAAGUGGUGCCCAACAGUUUCGGCCUGACCAUCGAGGAGAUCCUGAUGGCUGACGACAAGGAACUUAACCGGUGGUGCUCCUUGAAAAAAACCUGCAUGUACAGGAACCAAGACAACGAGAUGUACGACGUGCAAGCGUACGGCAAGAAAGCAAACAUGGAGGCUCUCAAGAGGAAAAUUCUUCCCAGCCUGUUUAAACACGAGGAAGAAGAGCAGGAUGGAGAAGCGAGCGCCAAGCAGAAGCGGAAGAAGAAAAAGAAGAAUAAAAAUAAGGCACUGAAUGGAAUAGCUGAACCAGAGAAUGGACCUGCUAAAGUUGAGCUUGAAGUUCCUCAAUCCAAGAGUGAACCCAAAAAGAAAAUGAAAAGAAAGAAUAGAGCCGAGGAACCUCCUAAGAAGAGAAGAAGUGACAAAAGAGAGGCCAAACCGGACAGUUACAGUGACAUGUCUGAUGCUAGGCUUAAAGCGUUUGGAAUUAAUCCCAAGAAGUUCAAAAAUAGAAUAAAGUAUGGCAAAAAGAACAAAUAAACUUACAACCCAAAUCCUUUUUAAAUCAAG